CAUUCUUGUUGCAGAGUAGACUGUCAAGACAAUACUUUUCCUGUUUUUUCAAAAGGUCGAUUAUCUUUCACGACAGGCACGACGCGCACGCGUACCCUUUAUGAUAUUAAGUAGUUCUUUUUAGUAUUGCGAGCUUAAAAAUAGACGCAACCAAUUUCUAAAGUAGAUAACCUCUACGAACAAGUUGAGUGAAAUAAAAUAAAAGGAAUUGACGAUCAUGCCCUCAAUGCCCUCUGUCGCAACGAAUUUGUCGGAGCUUUCUGCUCCCCCUGACGGUCUGACCUCGGGCUCGCCACCGGAGCAUGCUCUGCCUCCUUCGCGCGUAUCCGAGAUGUUGCAAGCUGCAGCGUCCAAGGGAGUCCUCGAUGGUGACCCCGACUGCGUCUCCGAUGCUCCGGUUGCUGUGUUUUAUGAUUUGGACUUGGUUGACAAGCACGUUGGCGCUCUCGUGGCUCUAUUCGGCAACUCCUUUCGACACCAUGCGGCCGUGAAGAGUUGCCCGUUCCCACGCAUGCUGCGCCACUUGCACGUGCGACACGGCUUGGGCAUUGAGUGCGCCUCGUUGGGGGAAGUACUGAACGGCGAAAAGGCUUGUGGCAUCCCACCAAGUCGCAUCGUUUUCGACUCACCCUGCAAGACAGUCAAGGAGCUGCGCUACACUUACUCGCGCGGCAUGCACAUCAACCUCGACAACUUCGACGAGUACAAGCGAAUGCUGGCAGUGAAGGCUGAGGUGUCGACUGAGGCAUCCUCAUCUGCUGUGGUGGGUCUGCGCGUCAACCCACUGGUGGGAGCCGGUGAAAUCAAAGAGCUGUCAGUCAGUACGCCGGACAGCAAAUUUGGAAUACCGAUAACAGCGAAAGCAGAAAUAUUAGCGGCCUAUCAGGUUCGUGACCCUGACCACAUGAUGGAUUAUUUUCUUCAAUGAGCAGUUGUAUUCCACCUCUGGCUCUGAGUAUUGAUAUAUUAGGUAGACGUGAUCCUAGAAUCGAAAAAAUUUUCUUCAGUUAAUUCGACAAUUUAAUAACAGGAAUCGCCAUGGUUAAACUCAGUGCAUGUUCAUGUCGGAAGCGGAAAAAUGGGUAUGGGGACACUCUCGGCAGGUAUACGUGUAGCUGUCGAACUUGCCCAGACGAUCAACAGUACAGCGGGUCGCGCGCAGAUAACACACGUGGACAUCGGUGGCGGUUUACCGGCAAACUACGGCUCAGACGCGUUCGAUAAUGGCGACUCAGCUCCAAGUUAUGCGAAGUACGCAGCACACUUGAGGUAAGUAGUAUUCUUUGCUUUUAUGGAUGCUUAUGAUCUAACACCUCCACUUCCUUCCUCGUUGACGAGUUGCUCGGUCAGUAGUUUCCUUCAUUUUAGUUCGGCAGCGAGAAAUGCCCUACUCUCCUAGUACUUCUAAUUUAAAUUUUGCUUGUUUUACACUCGUUUUGGUGCUUCUUUGCCCUGCAACAUUUUCCGCUAACGAUCUAUCAAUCAGGGAAGCAGUGCCAGAGCUUUUCUCAGAAGAAUUCACAGUUGUAACGGAGUUCGGGCAGAGCCUGUUUGCGAAAUUGGGUUUCCUAGCGAGCCGCAUCGAAUACUUGAAGAGACCUGGCAAUAUUGCUAUCAUCCAUUUUGGAGCAGAUUGUUGUCUUCGACAGGCCUACACCGCAGCGCACGGUCGUAGGAUGGAAGUAUACAAGAGCUCGGGAGAAGAAUUUGCAUCGUCUAGCGAGGAAAAGUUUUCGGUUGCCGGGCCCCUGUGCUUUCAGGGGGAUUUUUUGACGAAGGACGCGCCAUUUCCCGCAGAACUUUUAGUGGGAGACAUCGUGGUCCUAAAAGAUGCUGGCGCCAAUAGUCUCUCGCUUUUCUCAAGACACUGCAGCCGUUUUUGUCCGCCGGCUUAUGGCUUCCGCUCUACGGGCACGGGUCACUUUGAGGUAAUAAAGCCUCGGGAGACACCCGAAUCUCUCAUAAACUUUUGGGGGGGAAAGAUGCAGGACGCAGAAGCAUGAUAUCACAGAUUGGUCAUGAAAUCACAAUUUUUUGAAUGUGAAUCGUUUUUCCUUAAAUCUUGGAGCUUACUUGUAGCUUCAGGAUCAGUUAAUACAAAAGUACGUAAAGCAACAAAAGUGCGCCUCAUUAAUAUGUUGGUUUUUAUUUUGUAUCGAUCUUAUCCCGGAACCGCGGUACUCGCGCGGAGUGAUUCAUACUACAUACAUUAUUAAGAUUAGAC